UUUUAUUCGGGACAAGACCCAGUAAUUGAGAAGGAUCGUUUUAAUGUAUUUAAUUUUAAUUGUCAAGUGAAGGAAGUGAAAAUCCCCUCCCCCUCCUCCCCCCUCUGCUGAGCGGGGUGAGCGCUACUCGCGUGAGGGAGGCCUCCUUCACUUCAUCUCUCAUCAUCUCAUCAUCACUAUCACCUCGUCUGUCCUCACAUCUCCUCGUAUCAUCAUCAUCCUCAUCAUCCCCCCUCCUCCUCCUGCCUCAUCUUCGCCGGGGGAUAGGAGGAAGUGAGAGACAGAGAGAGUGGCGGGGUGGGUCACGGAGCCGGUCAUGGGCACCCGAGCCGACACGGCUGCACGUCCCGCAGUCCUCACCCGCCUCGUCAACAACCACCACCACCACCACCUCCUCUUUGUCGUCGUCGUCGUCGUGGGCUGAACAACGACAGCCCUCAGAGAUGUCGUUCAUCAUCAAGCGCAUGUCCAGAGAUAAGGGAAAGGGGAAGGAGGUGUUAUCCACUCGGAGCCCUGCAAGGUCAGCCCGGCAGCCGUCGAGGAAUCACGCGAGGGCCGAGACGCCGCCGCCGCCGCCGAGCCGCGAUGCGCUCAGCGCCAUCUCGGGGGCCAUGGAGGGCGCCGGGGUGCGCACCGGCGCCCUGCGGCGGCCGCCCCCCACGCUCGCCGAGCCGCAGCACUUUGGCGACCUCGGCCACGCGUCGCUGCGCGCCGUGCCCGCCGCCGCCGCCGCCGCCGCCGCCUCCCCCGGCGAGGAGGAGGGCGGCCCCCGCUGCCGCCUGAGCCGCACGCUGGGCGAGGCCCUGCGCGACCCGGCCGCUCUGCCGCACCUCCUCCUCGACCUGGAGGCGCGCGGCGCGCUGCACCUGGCGCGCUUCUGGCUGGACGCGGAGGCGUUCCGGCAGGAGAGCUGGGCGCGCGUGCGCACCCGCUCGCUCGACGCCGUCAAGCUGAGCUCGCUCGCCGCGCGGACCUCGCCCCUUCCCGCCCGCGGCUCGCCGGCCUCCCGGCGACCCUCGCCGCUCCUCGCCGCGACGGCGACCGAACGGUCGCCCGCGGGCAGAAACUUCCCGGCCGGGGAAGGCCCGGCGGCGCCGUCGCCGCCCGCGGGUCCCGGCGACGUCAGGGCGGCGCCGCCGCGGGAGCUGUGCGGCUGCGGGUCGGCGCGCUCGUGCCCGUUCUGCGGCGGCGGCGGCGCCGCCGGGCCCGAUCGCCCGAGGCGACGCGGACGGUCGCUGCUCGACGGUGGCGGCGGCGUGGGGGUGCGGAGCGGGGACGCGUGCGGGAGGGAUGGGGCGGAGGAGGGGAGGAGGCCGGCGAGGGCCGUGCCCGACGGGCUCGCGCUGCCGAGCGCGACCGCCGAGGGCUGCGACUCCAUCUCCGACAAGCUCAUGAAAAGUAUAGAACGGGACGCGGUGGAGCUGUUCACGCGCUUCGUGUCCCAGGAUGCCGAGGUGGCGCUGCCCAUCAGCGACGCCAUGCGGAACCUCAUCAUCGCCAAGAUCUGCGGCGAGGACGGGGACGUGGACCCCAACUGUUUCCUGCCGGCGCAGGAGCUCGUCUUUCACGAGCUGGAGACGCAGUUCUUCCCCCUCUUCCUGGAGAGCUCGCACUUCUGCCGCUACCAGAUGGAGGUGCUGACGAGCGGCUCCGUGUGUCUGGGCGACAUCCUCACCAGCGAGGGCACGCUCUUCUACUUCUCGGAGUUCAUGGAGAAGGAGGACGCGGCGGCGUUGCUGCAGUUCUGGCUCGUGGCCCACGACUUCCAGGCCCAGCUGGCGGGGAAGGCCGGCCAGUACGACGGGCAAGAGGCCCAGAACGACGCCAUGAUCCUCUACGACAAGUACUUCUCUCUGCAGGCCACGUGCCCGCUGGGCUUCGGAGACUCCGUGCGACCUGAGGUUGAAUCCAACAUCUGUCGGGAGGGUGGCCCGCUCCCUGACUGCUUCUCCACAGCUCUGCGCCAGGCCUACACCACCAUGGAGGCUGUCUACCUGCCUGGCUUCCUGUGCAGCGACAUCUACUACAAGUACCUGUCGGAGCUGCUGUACUCGGUGCGCAGUGAAGAGGCGCUGGGGCCAAGCGCCCACGUGCCCGGACGGGGGGGGGCGCCGCCGCCAUCCGAGGCCGUGGGCAACGAACGCGGGAACCAGGCCAACAGCAACAAGAAGAACCUGGUGAAGAUCCUCAAGAACUUCGACGAGGACAUCACGAUCGACGCCAAGAGCCUGGAGCCGGAGUCUCUCUACUACAGGCAUUACGCGGGGAAAAUGUCAUUUGGGAGGAUCAACACCCUCGGGCAGUUUGUCAAGGAGUCGGAGCCAAAUCCUGACGGGAAGAAACCCAAAGGAUCUCUGUCACAGGUUAUGAAGCGAUGGGUGCAAGGAACCACUGAUGAGGCGCAGGAGGACAUGGCGUGGAGGGUGGCGCGGAUGAUCGUCGGUGAGAUCGUGCGGCAGAGCGCCACGCUGAAGCCCCCCGCGCCACCGCCGGUGCCAAGCGGAGCCGCGGAGGCUCCCGGGAGAGACCCCGCGACAAGCGGCGGCACAGCCGAGCCCGGCGCAACAGUCGUCCAACGAGCGGAGCCCCCUGCACGGUGCCGACCAUCCCCGGAGCGCAGCGGCGCGCAGCCUUCGCGCGGCCUGCGUGCCGCCGCCGCCGUCGCCGCUGCCGCGCCCGGACCCCCUGCAGCCACCAAAUGAAGAAAUGUAUCGGCGGUCUACGACACAGAGGCGGCCAAACCGCGGCUCGCGAGCCAGCGCAGUCCACGCGCAGCUCGAUCGAGACGCGGCUCAUUCGUUUUUUUUACUUUUCGAAAGAGGAGAAAUCUGCAGAAGCAGGAAACGGUUUUUUGGUGCACUCCAACCCUGGCAGCUGAGCCAAACAAGAGUUACCCCCCCCUCUCCCCCGGGGUGCUCCCGCAGAUUUCUAAAUUUCAAAACUCCAUGGACAACCAGCGUGACCCGCUCGGAGCAUGUGGCUCUUCUUGGCCGUACGGCGAUGUUGGUACCGUGGCUCGUCGUGUCAGGAAGUUUGGCCACCCCCUUAGGCCAUGACCUCAAGCGUCCAUCUGCUGUUUGUUUUUUCUGUUUCGAAACCGUGACUGCCAAACUCCACGCCUCGUGACGCCACCCACUGUUACAUGUUUCUGCGGCCCUUUUAUCAGUUCACGGCAGGAUGAAGGCCCACUGCACCGUGCGGGGUCGUGGAAGUUAUACGACCGUACAUCGUCACGCUGGUCGGUGCACGUUGGAGAAGGCAGAGAGAGCCUAGAUGUGGGAGCGUAGUACAUUACAACAAUGGAUUUUGCUACAAUAAACCGCUGCUGACCACGACGUGACCUCACAGCCACAUGAUACGACUCGCCGGUACGGUCCGUGAAAGCGAUUUCACAAUGCAUCGCCUCCACGCGGUCCACUUGUGCAUUUUUACCGAUCAAUGCAAUCGAUGAUCGCACCUUUGCCAUCGAAACCUGCUUAUCGGCUAAAAUCGAAUCCCGGAUUUUGCGUCAGGGCUCGUAAUGGAGUUUGGCGACCCGGAUUUGGACUCCCGGCACUGUUUUAAUACAAAGGGGAACGAAGCAAGCGAACAAAGCUGACGGCGCUCCUUCCGUUCACGCACGCGGCCCGGCCACGCGGUGUAAAUUAGUAUGCUUCUUUUAUAAAGAUUUAUGAGCGUGCGGCUGAAUGUUCACGUGAACCGCUCGUCGCUGCUGUGUUUGGUUGUGGUGUGGCAUGGGCGGCGACGAGACUGUACAUAGCGGUGCAGGACGCGGCCUCACCGAGCCGCCAAUUCGACGCUUCCUCGUCAACGUUUGUGAACGUUCCGUGACCCCUGGUGACCGCCGUCUCACCAUCCCCCCCCCUCUCCAUUACCUUCCCUCCUUAGCGCUUAACUCGAUCGCGUUUAAGGUGAGAAGACUGAAUUAUUGUUACGAGCGAUUCCUUAUAGUUUUUUAUUGAAAUUAAUUAUGUAAAUUAUGAAUUUACUGUCGAUUUGUUUCAAUUGCACGAGGGUCGUUGUGGUCGUGUGAUCUGUACGGCCGUGCUGUACCUUUGCUUAUUGCACAUCUUCCAUACGUGUGAAAUGAGAAUAAAAAAGACAAAACAAGUCGAGAAAAGUGGUUAAAUGAAAACUCAGGCGCUUUAACGAAGACAAUGAAAUGCGAAGUGCAAGCGUGUGGAAUCUCGUUUCCGCCGGUGUGGUAGUCGUGAACCUACGCAUGUCGCCGUCGGUUUCACUCCAGGGCAGUCUCGCUUAGGCCCUCUCGAAGUAGCGUCUCCCACGAACAUGACGUUCUCAAACCAUCAAAGCUUUUCGUCGUCUGUUGGUGUUUCCGCACUCCAAGAUCAACUGUGUUGAUUACGUUUGCUCUACCAAGGACCAAUGCCGGGAUUGUUGCUACUCUGCAGGUUUCCACGGCGGUGUGUGCAGACCCAGAGGUGUGUUUACAGUGUCCAUAUAUACAGUUAUCUACAUGUUCACACACACACACGCGCGUGUACAAAAUAUGCUUGAACUUGAACGGGAGAAAAUAUUUCAUCUCUGCGAAAAAAAAUAAAACCUCGAGCGAAUUUACUUGCGCUGUGUCGCGGAUGCGCUUCGUCAAAUAAAACGAGGACAUUUAAACCCCAA